UAUGCUGUCUGGAGCGCGGCAGGACCGCAAUUUUGUGUUCGCAUAACCUUGACCAAUCUAUACACUAAUCCCAAGGUCGCCGGACAUCAUCAUGCUCUCAGCAUUCACGGCCCGGCCGAUAGUCGAGCUCAAGCAGCGGGACAAGUCUAAGAUCGAAUCGAUCUUGGCUUACGGUGACCGCGUGCUCGUCGGCCUCAAUACCGGCUCCCUCCGAAUCUACCGCGUCAACGAGCUCAACGAGGACGCCGACAAGCCAGAGCAACUGAACGGCGACAAUGAACCCGACCAACCCAAGGCGAAGCCUGCAGACCUGCUCCGGGAAGAGGAUAAGUUCUCGCGCCGACCGGUGCAGCAGCUCGCCAUCAUCAAAGAAGCCAACAUUCUCGUCUCCCUCUCCGACAACUAUGUCUCGAUACACGACCUCCAGACCUACGCGCUGCAAGAGCGCCUGGAGAAGACGCGGGGCGCGACGUCAUUCGCGGUCACGUCGAACAUCGUGAAGGAUCCCAGCACAGGCAUACCAUCAAUCGUGUCGAGGCUGGCGGUGGCCGUCAAGAGGAAGAUUAUACUAUGGACCUGGCAGGAUAUGGAGCUGUCGGAUGAAGCCUCUGAGCUGACGCUGAUUGCGUCGGUAAAGUCGUUGACAUGGGCGACGGGGACGAAGAUUGUCGCCGGGAUGGACCCGGGAUUUGUGAUGGUGGAUAUUGAAAGCCAGGAGAUUUCGGAUAUCAAUAAACCAGGCGCGCCGGGAGAAGCUGGAGGGCAAGGCGGAACAAGAUUCGGGGCUGUCACGUCUUCUGGAAUGGGGUAUAUGGGCAUGGGGAGCUGGGUUCCGAAACCUAUGGCUACUAGGCUUGGAGAGGGCCAAAUGCUGCUUGGAAAGGACGUCAAUACACUAUUUAUCGAUACGGAUGGGAAUGCCCUCGACAAGAGACAAUUUCCUUGGGCUUCUGCUCCAGAAGCGAUUGGAUACUCGUAUCCUUAUAUGCUAGCAUUACAAGCUCCUGCAAAAGGUGGACUAGAAGUUCGCAAUCCGGAUACUCUCUCGCUCCUCCAGACUAUAUCUCUACCAAACGCAAACUUCCUACACGUUCCGCAGCCGAAUAUUAGUCUUGCUCAUGCAGGCAAGGGAUUCUUAGUCGCAAGCGAUCGAUGCAUUUGGAGAAUGGGUGCUUUGGAUUACGAUUCGCAGAUCGAUGAGCUCGUCCUAAAUGGGAGAUAUGACGAGUCGAUUAGCUUGCUAGGCAUGCUCGAAGAUACCCUUUUGAAGGACAAGGUCGGAAGAAUACGAGAAAUCAAGAUGCUCAAGGCGCAAGGCUUAUUUGACCUACGAAGGUACCGGGAGUCUCUGGAACUGUUCUCGAACGCUGAAGCACCACCCGAGCGAGUGAUCGCAUUGUACCCCAAAGUGAUUGCGGGCGGCCUUGCAGCUACUGAACAUGUUGAAGAAGCCGAGGACGAGGCUGAUCAUGAAGAGACAAAUGGCGAACCCAGCGUUGAAAGCAGUAAAACCAUUCCUACGCCGGCAUCGUCUCUCGGCCGAUCUAUGAUUGGCAAAUUCAUCGCUGAGCAGAAGAAGGCGGAUUCAGACUCUUCAUCCGCGAGGUCGGUGAAGGUAGUUACUGAUGGUAGUGACACGGCAAGCAUCAAAGCCAAGGUGUCGGAGACCUUGACGAAUGAAAAGCCCUUGGAAGGAAAAGACCUGACCAGGGCUGUCAACGAGCUCCGUGCGUUCCUGGCACAGACUCGCGUCAAACUAAAACGAUUUAUCAAUACCGAUGGAACACUCAAGCAACCGCUACAGGAGCCCAGCGAGAGUCAAUCGGAAGACUUUAAGCCUGAAUUUUGGAAGUACAUCAUGGAACCACCUUCGUCUGGGCAGGGUGACUGGGCUAGCAAACUCCGCGAAGUCGCAGAAUUGGUCGAUACUACGCUUUUCCGAGCUUAUAUGCUUGUCAGCCCAAGCUUAGCUGGUCCGUUGUUUCGCCUAGAUAACUUCUGCGAUCCGGAGGUUGUCAACGAGAGGCUUUACGAGAGCGGCCGGUACAGCGAUCUCAUCGAUUUUCUACAUGGGAAAAAGCUACAUCGAGAAGCUCUUGAGCUCCUUGCCAAAUUCGGGAAGAAUGACGCCGAUGGCGAAGUAGCACCAGCACUGAGAGGUCCACAUAGGACUGUUGGCUAUUUGCAGCAGCUGCCGCCGGAGAUGAUUGAUCUCAUUCUCGAAUUUGCAGAAUGGCCCCUCAGAGUUGAUCCGGAACACGGCAUGGAGAUUUUCCUUGCCGACACCGAGAAUGCUGAAACUUUGCCGAGAGAGAAGGUUCUUGAGUUUCUACAGCACAUCGACCUCAAUUUGGCCGUGAAAUAUCUCGAACACAUUAUCGAGGAGCUGGGCGACCCUGAGCCAGACUUCCAUCAACGGCUCAUCGACCUAUAUCUGCAACGGCUGAAAGCUGGCCCCGAUGCGUUUGAUAGUGAUGAAGAGCGGCAGAUAUGGCUUUGGAAACUACAGACGUUCUUGAAGAGCAGUUCCCACUAUACAAAGAUUCGUGCGUUCAGAGAACUGCCCACAGAUGACCCCGACUACUACGAAUCGCGCGCCAUCGUCCUAAGCAAAAUGGACCAGCACAAACAAGCCCUCCAAAUCUACGUCUUCCAAAUGAAAGAUUACCAAAAAGCCGAAGAAUACUGCAACCAAACCUACCUCACAGGCCUGCAACCCUCCGCGCCCACCUCCACAACCGCCCACGCCGCCACGCGCGGCAUCGCGCCCACCAUGGACCCCGAAGACGCCGAGCCGACAAUCUACCACACACUCCUCUCCCUCUACCUGGCCCCGCCGCCGCCCCACGCCCCCAACUGGGCGCCCGCCCUCGCCCUCCUCUCGCGCCACGGCGCCCGCCUCCCCGCAUCCACGACGCUGGACUUGGUCCCGCAGUCCCUGCCCGUCAAGGAGCUGCAGAGCUACUUCCGCGGCCGCAUCCGCAACGCCAACAGCGUCAUGAACGAGGAGCGCAUCGUCGCGCGGCUACGCGGCGUGGAGAAAGUCGCGGUCGAGGCGGCGCUGCUGGUGGGCGACGAAGGCGGCGUGGGCGGGCGGAACCGGCGGGUGCUGGUGGGCGAGGAGCGGCAUUGUGCCGUGUGCCAUAAGCGGUUUGGGGGCGCGGCGAUUAGGGUGUAUCCGGAUGGGAGUGUGGUGCAUAGCGGGUGCUUGAAGGGGAGUGUGGGGCGCAAGGGGACGGGGGGUGGGGUUGGGGGAUUGGUGGAGGGGGGGAGGAGGGGAGGUUGGGGGUGA